GAAAUUGAGAACAGAAAUGAAAAAACCAAUUCCAAAUUUCCAAUACUAGUGCCAAAUAUUUAUCAGCAAACUGAUUACUAAUUUCUUUUUUCAUCAUCCGAAUUUAAUCUCGAACUCAAACUCAAACUCGAACUCUAACAAACCUCUACAUGAAAACUUUAUUUUCAUUGACUAUUAUUUUUUUAUUUUGUUCUUUGGUUUCGGGUGCAAUGUUCACAGAAUUCUUAUAUCCAAAUUUCAGUGCUUCGAACUUCCGAUUCAUCGACAAUCAAGGAACUUUUCUGUUAUCUCGUAAUCAAACAUUUAAGGUUUCUAUCUUUAAUCCCGGAGAGCAGUCAAAUUUCUACUUGUGUGUGAUACACGUAACGUCCCACACUAUCAUAUGGUCCGCUAAUCGUAAUGCUCCGAUCCCGACGUCGGGAAACAUGGAACUUACACCCCAAGGAAUCCAUAUUUACGAAGGUAACACUCUCAAAUGGUCAACUCCGGCGUUGAAAUCUUCCGUUCAGGCGUUACAGCUAACUGAGAUGGGCAAUCUUGUUUUGUUAGACCAACUUAAUAAUUCUCUUUGGCAGAGUUUUGACGAGCCAACGGAUACGAUUGUCAUCGCACAAAGCUUACCUCAGGGGAAAGUUCUAACGAGUGGUGUAUCAGAUGAUAACUUAUCGGCCGGUGAUUACAGGCUCGCGAUCACAGAUUCGGAUGCGAUUUUACAGUGGCGAGGGCAGACAUAUUGGAGAUUGUCAAUGGAGACAAGGGCUAAUAGAAACUCUAAUUUUAUUGUUGAAUAUAUGGCAAUGAACAGUUCUGGUAUGUUCUUAUUCGGUCGGAGCGGUUUGGCUGUAGUAAUGCAGAUGAGUUUGUCCCCGUCCGAUUUCCAAAUUGCCCGCUUGGAUCCUUCAGGUCAGUUCAUCAUCAGCAGACUAAUUUCCGGUGCCAAGAUGGAACAGGAAUUUGUCGGGCCAACUGAUGGCUGUAAAAUUCCACUUGUCUGCGGAAAAAUCGGAUUGUGUACUGAAAAUACGUCGAAAAGAACAUCGUGUUCAUGUCCGCAAGGUUUUCAAAAACAUUCGAGUACUUGCAUGCCAAGUGACGGUUCUUCAUUCCCACAAGCUUGUAAUAAUCUGACCAAAAAAGGUGAUAUUUCAAAUAAUUCCUCUGAUAUUUCAUAUAUCAAACUUGGUUAUGAUAUGAAUUAUUUCUCUAUUCAAUUCUCUCAACCUAUAAGAUACAGCGUAAACUUAUCAGUUUGUCAAGGAUUAUGCACGUCAGACUGUUCUUGUUUGGGGAUUUUUCAUGAGAAUUCAUCAGGUUCUUGCUAUGGAAUUGAAAAUGAUUUGGGUUCUAUCAUAUCAACCACCGCACUUGAUGAUCAGAAUGAUCUUUUGGGGUUCAUUAAAGUUAUAGCUAGCUCAGCUUCGGACGGCGGUAACACCAGUGAAAAUGAACAGUUUCCGGUGAUUGCUCAGAUUCUGUUACCUUCAACAGUUUUUCUCGUUGCGGUUGCUUUUGGUUUUUUCUGGUGGAGAAGACGGAGAAUUUCUAAGAAGAAGGUGCUAAAAUUUGGUCAGGUAAGCUCACGUUCUUCUAUAGAUCUAGAUAGCUUUCAUAUUCCUGGUUUACCCCAACGGUUUGAUUAUGAAGAACUCGAAUUGGCUACUGAAAACUUUAAAACCAAGAUUGGAUCAGGUGGCUUUGGUUCUGUAUAUAAAGGAAUAUUUCCUGAUAAAUCAAUCGUAGCGGUCAAGAAACUGACCAAUUUAGGAGUACAAGGCAAAAAAGAUUUCUGCACUGAAAUUGCUAUUAUUGGAAGUAUUCACCAUGUCAAUCUAGUGAAAUUGAGAGGCUUUUGUGCACAAGGUAGACAACGGCUCUUGGUUUACGAGUACAUGAACCGUGGCUCGUUGGAUAGGACCCUGUUUGGUAAUGGUCCGAUCUUAGAAUGGCAAGAGAGGUUCGAUAUAGCACUCGGAACUGCACGCGGGCUCUCGUAUUUGCAUACCGGGUGCGACCAUAAAAUCAUCCAUUGUGAUGUUAAACCGGAGAAUAUUCUUUUGCACGACCAUUUUCAGGCUAAGUUAUCGGAUUUCGGCCUAUCGAAGCUUUUAAGCCCCGAAGAGUCGAGUUUAUUCACGACAAUGAGAGGCACUCGCGGCUAUCUCGCUCCGGAAUGGCUAACGAACUCAGCUAUUUCGGAGAAAACCGACGUUUACAGCUUCGGAAUGGUGCUUCUUGAGCUCGUGAGCGGAAGAAAAAAUUGCUUAACCCGAUCGCAAAGCCAUAGCAAAGACAACAGUCACAGUGGCGGUGGAUCGACAUCUUCGUUGGUAUCGGAAUUGAGUUAUUUCCCGUUGUUUGCGUUAGAGAUGCACGAGCAAGGGAAAUACCUAGAGCUAGCUGAUCCGAGGCUAGAGGGGAGGGUAAAACGUGAAGAGGUUGAGAAAUUAGUGUGCAUUGCUCUAUGUUGUGUGCACGAGGAGCCAUCAUUGAGACCUAACAUGGUUAGUGUUGUUGGGAUGUUGGAAGGCGGUAUAGCUUUCGUUCAGCCGAAAGUCGAGUUGCUGAAUUUCUUGCGGUUUUAUGGGCGGAGAUUUACGGAGGCUUCGAUGUUGGAGGAUGGUAAUGAACAUAGCAACAUUGUGUUGUUCCCCGGAGCAAGUAAUUCGGCAUCGAGUGCAAGUGAUUAUCAAGCUUGUUUUUCGUACAUCUCUUCGCAAGAGGUAUCCGGACCAAGAUAGUUUUUGAUGGUUCAAAUUAUGCGGUUCAUGUAUAGUAUAUUCACAUAAUAUUUGUGUGUUAAAUUUACCAUUAAUCCUUAAAGAAAUUUGUGCAAAGUUUAGAGAA